AUGUCAGCUACUACUAUCCUUUCAUUGACUGAGCAGAUCAGACGAGAAGUCUCGCUAGACCCUUCUCAAUCUGGUCAUGGGCAUGCCCGUCUUCUUCGACUCGCUGACGAGUUAAAGCUGGCUGUUGAGACCCCUACUGAGACUGUUCUCCGCUUGAUCUACCAGACCGCGGUACAUCCCGAAACCAAGAUUGAUGGCCCCAGUUACGAUCUCACCGUCCCCACUCUCAGCAAGCUCCUGGAGUAUCUCCUGGAUCAGAGUCAAUUUGAAUGGCUUGCUAAAAACAAGUGCCACCAAGCUUUGUUCAACUCAUACAUGUCGAGUCGACGAGAAGGAAAGCCCAACUGGUUUGACGUCUAUCCCUUGGAGAGACUAGUUUACGGGGCAAUUCCCCAUACGGGGGCCAUUUUCCUUGUAGAUAUCGGGGGCAACCAAGGUCAUGAUCUCGGAAAAUUUGUCUCCAAAUACGGACUUAGACCAGGACGGCUCAUCCUGCAGGAUCUGCCUAAGAUUGUCUCGACCAUUGACCGGGCCGGCAUUGAGACAAUAGGUUACAGCUUUAUGGAUCCCCAACCUGUCAAGAACCAUAUCUGCCGAAAGAUCCUUCUCAACACGAUUGCAGCUAUGGACUCUACGUAUUCCUGCAUUACUAUCGUGGACUUCGUCCUUCCUGAUAUCAAUGCGGGGCGCAUGCAGUCUGCAAUGGAUAUUCAAAUGAUGAGCAUUAGUGCCGGAGUGGAGAGAUCGAAGCGCCAGUGGACCGAACUUUUGUUCAGUGUUGGGUUGAGAAUCAAUGGAAUUUGGAACUCAAGCCCAGGGAUAGAGUCGAUUAUUGAGGCUGUUCCUGCUCUUGGUGUGCCCGUGAAUGAGCUAGACCAAGGGAAAUAA